AUGCCGCUCACUAUAAUGUCGGACGUUGUUAGGGAGGUCGCCAACGGAGUGUUCUGGACCGGCUCCGACUCAGUGGCUAUCAAACGAGUCUUCCAAAAGGCGGAAGACGAGCAUCGGCGACAGAUGCCCUGGUUCAACGACCUGCUGGCCCGCGUCGAGCAUGAGACAGCGAGCCCGGAGGACGACACUCUCCACACCUGCUUCCACAAUUUGCUCCUGGCAGCAAGCCAGGGGUACCGACAGGCGAUUGCGGUCGCUAUGCAGAUAGCUCGAGGACAACCGGCGGACAUAGAAGUGGACAUCGAGGCCGCGGAGAAGGACAACCGAGCGCGGGCACUUCUGUCCCUGCACACACAGCUGAGUGGCCUCGUUUACAAGAUGGUGGAAGAGGAGCACCUGGGUCUGGGGGACGUGCUGCUCGAUAUCGACAUUCAUUGUGAAAUGAUCACGAAUGGCACGCUCUAUCGGACUUGGGAGGAGGAUGUCGGACAACCCUUUGCGGUAAUGGUGUUGCACACAGUGUUACGAUGUGACUGGAACGUCGACGAUGUUGUAGAGAAGGUCCGGGAGUACCUGGACACGCUCCGACCAUUCGUUGUCUAA